AUGGAGAAAACUCACUCACUUGUUUGUGUUACAGUUAUAUUAAUGUUGGUGCACUACGACUCUCUCAUGGCUGUUAGUACUAGUGCACCAAACAUCACCACUGAUGAAUCAGCUCUUCUUGCCCUCGAAUCCCAUAUCACUAGACACCACCCUCACAACAUUUUGACUAAAAACUGGACCACCUCAUCAACCUCCUCCCCUUGCAACUGGAUUGGUGUCCGUUGCAGCACUCGCCACCGCAGAGUUGCAGCCUUGAACCUUUCUUACAUGGGCCUAACAGGCACCAUCCCUCCACACAUAGGAAACCUCUCCUUUCUAACCUUACUCGACAUUAGAAACAAUAGUUUCUAUGGUGAUAUCCCUAAAGAGAUAAGUCAUUUGAGUAGACUGAAAUAUUUGGACAUGGGACAGAACCUGCUUUUGACAGGCUCCAUACUUGCCACCAUCUUUAACAUCUCCUCACUGGAAAUUAUUCGUUUAGACAGUAAUAACCUGUCGGGUAAUCUUCCAAUGGAUAUGUGCCACAAUCUUCCAAAACUCUACAGGCUUAGUCUGCACUAUAACCAGUUCGAUGGCCAAAUUCCUUCCACUUUACAUGAAUGCUCGGAACUUCAAAUAUUGUCAUUGGCAUUUAACAAAUUUAGUGGAGCAAUACCAAGAGAGAUUGGCAACUUAACCAUCCUAGAAAAGUUAUAUCUUAGAGCAAACAACUUGAAAGGAAACAUUCCUAAAGAAAUUGGCAAACUCGCUAAUCUGAAGAAUUUGGCCAUGGGGGAUAACCAGCUUUCAGGCUCCAUACCCACCUCCUUCUUCAACAUCUCCUCACUGCAAGUAAUUGAUUUCAACAAUAAUAACCUGUCCGGUAAUCUUCCAACGGAUAUGUGCUACACUCGUCCAAAACUCUACUGGCUUGGUUUGUUCUCUAACCAGCUCGAUGGCCAAAUUCCUUUACGUGAAUGUUCGGAACUUCAAACCUUGUCAUUGUCAAAUAACAAAUUCAAUGGAGAAAUACCAAGAGAGAUUGGGAACUUAACGUUCCUGAAAGAUUUAAAUCUUCACCAAAACAACUUAAAAGGCCUCUCAGGAAACAAUUUAAUCAGCGAAUCUCCAAACCCAGAAUUGAGCCUUAUUACUGCCUUGACGAAUUGCCGAUGUUUAAAAUAUUUGAAGAUAGCAGGAAAUCCUCUUAAUGGCAUCCUUCCGGUUUCCAUUUGGAAUCUCUCCACUUCGCUUCAAAGUAUCUAUGCGAGUUAUUGUGAAAUUAAGGGCAGAAUUCCCAACCACAUUGGUAACUUGAGCAAUUUGGCUUUCCUCCAUCUACAUGGUAAUGGCUUCAUUGGAUUUAUUCCAACCACAAUGAAUAAGUUAUCAAGGCUUCAAGUUUUAGAUCUUGGAUUUAACAGGAUACAAGGGUCCAUUCCAAAUGAUCGCUGCCUUUUACACAACUUGGGAUCAUUAGAUCUGGGUGAAAAUGACCUUUUUGGUCCAAUUCCAGCUUGUCUAGGGAAUGUUACAUCUCUAAGAGAACUUUUUCUGGAUUCCAACAGAUUAACCUCAAAAAUACAUGCAAAUCUGUUCAGCCUUGAAGAUAAUUUCUAUUUGAACUUGUCCUCAAAUUCUUUAAAUGGCUCAAUUCCCUCGGAUAUUGGAACUUUAAAGGCCGCAAUACAAAUAGGUCUAUCAUUGAAUAGCUUUUCGGGUGAUAUCCCUAGCACAAUUGGAGGUCUACAAACCUUAAUCAAUCUUUCUUUGGCACAUAAUGGAUUGCAAGGACCUAUUCCUAUGUCCUUUGGCAAUUUGAUAAGCUUGGAAAACUUGGAUCUAUCUUACAACAAUCUCUUAGGUGAAAUUCCAAAGUCAAUGGAGUCACUCUUGUUUCUUAAGUAUUUCAAUGCAUCUUUCAAUAGGCUAAGAGGAGAAAUUCCCACCACAGGACCAUUUUUAAACUUCACAAGUCAAUCAUUCACGUCGAAUGAAGCACUAUGUAGUGUCCCAAAGUUUCAAGUCCCACCAUGCCUUUCAAGCUCUCUUCAGAGAACAAGGACAAAACGAGUGCUUCUAGUUAUAUACAUUUUGUUGCCAAUUGCUUUGAUUACUUUGAUCUUCUCCUUUGUACUUAUAAGAUGCCGAAAAAGAAACAGAACUCCAACUCAAACAGACUUGUUACCCCCGGUCUGCAAAAUGAAGAAUUACAUAUCAAGAACUUUUGCGUGUUACAGAUGGUUUCAGUGA